AAGUGGUGGUAUGUGGUAUAUAACAGUGGUAUAUAACAGGUGUAUAAAGACCAUUUCAGCUCUGGACUAAAGUUCUACAUCUUAAAUAGGCCGCUGAGAGAGAGAGAGAGAGAGAGAGAGACAGAGAGACAGAGAGACAGAGGGAAUAGGUCAGUGCUGUGUCUGGACCUUACAGCCUCACCAGAAGACAACAUGACCACACAGAGCCCAGUGGUGUCUGCACGCACCCUCUCCGAGGAGCAGUUCCAGUGCUCCAUCUGCCUGGAGGUGUUUGUGGAGCCCGUGUCCACGCCUUGCGGCCACAGCUUCUGCAAGGCCUGCCUGCAGGGCUACUGGGACCACAGCAAGAAGUUCCUCUGCCCCAUGUGCAAGAAGAGCUACAGCAAGCGGCCUGAGCUGUCAGUCAACCGCGUGCUCGCCGAGAUCGCCACCCAGUUCCAGGGGCUGUCCGUGCUGGAGGUGAGCGGCGGAGAGGGCUUUCCUGCCACCGCGGGGUCACCAGGUGCGUCGCCGGCGACGCUCAAGGGCAAGUCGAAGACUGGAGAUUUCGCCCAGGAGGGAGACAUACCAUGUGACUCCUGCAUCGGGAGAAAGCUGAAGGCUGUGAAGUCGUGUCUGAACUGCCCGGGUUCGUUCUGCGAGACACACUUGCGUCCGCACCGCAAAGUGAAGACACUGCAGUCCCACCGGCUGAUGCCAGCAGUCGCCCACCUGGAGGACAAGCUGUGCCGCAGACAUGAGCGCCUCCUGGAGGCCUACUGCCGCAAUGACUACAUCUGUGUGUGCCCCGAGUGCGCCGAGACCAGCCACAAGACACACGACAUUGUGUCCAUUGAGCGCGAGUGGAAGAAGAAGAUGAGUCAGGUGAACAAGAGGCGAUCGGAGAUCAAACACCUCAUGAAAGAGCGGGCCAAGAAGCUGGAUGAGAUCAAACAGUCCAUCAAGGUCAUCAAGUCCUCAUCCCAGAAGGAGCUGGAGGAGAGCUGGCAGGUGUAUGCGGAACUGCAGAAGGUUCUGGAACGGAGCCAGGCGGAGCUGGUGGAGGCCAUCACGGGGCGGCAGCGUCAGGCGGAGGAGCAGGGCCGGGAGCUGGCCCACAGCCUGGAGCAUGAGCUCGGACUCCUCAAGAGGCGCAGCAACGAGCUGGAGGCCCUCGCGCUCACGCAGGACAGAGUGCUCUUCCUACAGUUGCUUCCUACACUGCCUCCGCCACCUGAACCUUCUGAUUGGUCAGCAGUGUCUGUGAACACAGACCUGUACUUGGGCACAAUCAGGAAGUCGGUCAACUCCCUGGUGGACAAGUUCCAGGAUGAGCUCAAAAAGCUGCAUGGCAAAGAACUUGGGAAGCUGCAGAACUACACAAAUGAAAUAAUCCUUGACCCUGCCACCGCUCAGCGCAACCUGACCGUGUCGGAGGACGGCCGGCAGGUGCGCUACGAGGAGCACCGCGGCGGCAUGCACAGCUCGGACAGCCCCCGGCGCUUCAGCCCGGCCCUCUUCGUCCUGGGCCGCGAGGGCAUGUCGUCGGGCCGGCACUACUGGGAGGUGGAGGUGAGCCGCAAGACGUCCUGGACCCUGGGGGUGGCGCGUGCCACCGCCCGGCGCAAGGGCGAGAUCAGGCUGAACCCCGAGUGUGGGUUCUGGUGCCUCUGGCUGCGGGACGGGAAGUUCAAGGCGCUGACCACCAACCGGGUCACGCUGGAGCUGCCGGCGCCACCACAGAAAGUCGGCAUCUUCCUGGACCACGAGGCCGGGCGGGUGUCGUUCUACGACGUCAAGGCGCGCACACACCUGCACACCUUCCACACGGUCUUCAACGCGGAGACUGUCCACCCCAUCUUCAGUCCAUGCCCCAACCAUGAUGGCAAGAAUGGAGCGCCACUGGCCCUGACUACGGUCAAGCAUGGAUGAGUCCACAGCCAUGCUGAGGUGGAGGGACAAUUUUAUAUAUUGAAUGACAAACUCAAUGGAUUCCUUGAUUAUUUGUCGAUGGAUUCCUUGUCUGCACUCUUUCUUUAAACUUAAGGGAUCGUGAAAUACUAUCAUACCUACUGAGAACUAGGGCCAACAGACUAUAAUUAACUGCACUUGCAUUUACAACUGGUGAUGUAGGAGAUGGGUUUUCUAAUGUGGUAAUGGUAUCUAAUAACAAUACCUGAAAAACAAAGUUUUGUCCUAAAAUGGCUCUCACUACUAUGAACCCUACGUAUUCUGCCCUGUGCUGCCAUUACCAAAAAUCAAGACUUGUAUUCAAUAUAUGGUGAUGGGAUACAGUGCCUUAAAGUGACGUACAAUUCAGGUGCAUCUGACCAAUGAGACUUCUGUAUCUGUAGGCUUUUGUUUGACCUCUACUGCCCUUUUUUCAGUCCAUGUGUGAGGACCGCACAUCACUAUUACACUGUAACAUCAAUAUAUAUCCAUCUCCACUGAAUCAUAAAUAAUCAUCUUGUGAUACAGCAUUUUGUCUUUUUUUUUCAGAUAAUAUAUUGUUAGUGUUGUAUAUUGAUUUGUUAUAUUGUUAGUGUUGUAUAUUGAUGCACUUAAGAAGGGUUGAACUGGAUUCAAUUGUACUGAACUUUUUGCUCUCUUUUAAAAUAAAGUUUUUCAUGAACAAAAAAA